AUGACAGUCAAGCGACAACUUAUAUCCAGAAUCCAGUCGUCUGGAACAAAAGCUCAAGACAUGAAAGAUCUCAAAGAUCUGCUGAAGAACGGUGGCCUUUCGGAUCAGGAUGUGCGCAACGUGAAGGAGAGUAUCAAAGUACUCAAGGCGGGCGCUGACUCCGAACGGUUGUCUGAGACCCGUGUAGUUGGCGUCACCUGUGCUGCGACGGUGUUUGCGUGUCUGCAGCCGUUCUCCUUUCCCGUGGUACUGCUCGAUGAAAGCUCGCAGAUGACAGAGCCCCAGGCGUGGCUUCCGAUUGUGCCGUUUGGCGUGGAAAAGCUGGUGCUGGUAGGAGAUCACCGCCAGUUGCCACCCACGAUACAAACCGACAUUGCAUCCGAAGCUCGGGGUCAGGGUCUUGAGUUUACCAUGUUCGAACGCCUCGCUCGGGACAACCCAGAAGAUGUUGUGUCAUUAUAUACGCAGUACAGGUAA